CCUGCAGCUUGGUGUCACCACGGCGGCCUCUGAUCUGCCUGCCGCCCCACACCGUCCGACCCCGCCACAUACCGUCCGACCCCGCCAUUUCGGGCGCCGGUAGCGGAUGUGUUUAGAAAGCGCAGCCGUGAUCAACAACACCACUAUCUUGCUAGUCAGAGGGCUAGUCCCUAAAAUCGGAUUGAAAAUCGUGUGAUGCGGCGCGGCCGUGGUAAAUGGCGUGUUCCUGUCGAUCAGCCCAGUUAUCAUACGCGAGACGACGCUGCAGGAAAAACAGCCCACAUCAACAUCAGUAGAUUCCAAAUAUUCGCGCCCAUAAAAGAAAACAUUUCCAAAUACGCCCUCAUCCAUAAUCAUGAAGGCCUACAUCGGACUCCUCCCUCUGGCAAUACAAACCUUUUUCUCCAGCAAUAUAACCACAUCAACAAGAAUGACCAUCCAACACCCCCCCAACCCCGCCUGGAAGGCCCCCUUCGCCGCCGCCAUCUCCUCCCAGCCCGUAACCUUCUUCCAACUCGCGACCGUUUCGGAAUCGCUCGUGCCGCGGUGCCGCACACUAACCUACGCCGGCUUCUUCGGCGAGACGCCCUACGCGGGCGCCAGCGGCAUCCCGGCCAGCGAGCAAAACCCGUCCGGCGCCGAAUCCGACGUACUCCUGGUCGCCUCCGACGCCCGGUCCUCGAAGUUCGCACAGCUGCAAGUAUCGUCGUCCGUCGAGGCGGUGUUCUUCAUCGCGGCACAGUGGACACAGUUCCGAGUGCGCGGGUCCGCAUACCCGAUCAGCUUCGGCGCACGAUGCGGAGAGCUCGAGCGCCGGGGCCGCGAGCAUGUCGAGGCGCAUAUGGCCCGUCCCGACGGAUGGGACUGGGACAAAGAGAUCCGAAAGGUGUGGGAACGCCAGGAUGAGAAGAUGAUGAAGUCAAAGUUCCCCGCGACGACCGAUGAGACCCCCGUGCCAGACGACUUCCGCCUGCUGGUAAUCGUGCCGGACGAGAUACUGCACUUGCCGCCUGGAGGCGGCCCGGCGACCACGUGGACGGCCGAAGCGAAGAAUGGAACCGCCGAGUGGAUUAAGGGCGAGGCAGCUGAACACUAACUAACUAAGGCACUCACUCGGCGAUUGGUGUCGAUUGGUGUCGUCUCUCAUCUCUCAUCUCUCAUCUCUGUCGUUCUAUUGUUUUUGCACUUAUGGGUUUCUUUUUCUUUUUUUCGAACGGAUCACAAGCUGUUUUUUUUCUCUCUUCUCAUGUCAUUCGGAUGUAUGUAUAUACGAGUUUAUGUAGAACGUUUAUGCCGCUCUAUGAAUCCAAGAC